GCAGCUGGGCUUUGUGAAGCAAGCUGCCUGAGGUUGCACAGUGUGAGCUACUUCAUUUGUGUUGAUGAGCAGCAGAGGUUUGGAGAUCUAAAGAAAGGCAAAAACCACACCUUCCCGGGCCUUUGCAAAUCAGUGAUAAAAGAAGAUAAAAAUAAUAGUCUGUAAACAUGACAGCUAACGGCACAGCAGAGACCAUCCAGAUCCAAUUUGGGCUCAUCAACUGCGGCAACAAAUACCUCACCGCCGAGACCUUCGGGUUCAAGAUCAAUGCCUCGGCCACCAGCAUGAAGAAGAAACAGAUAUGGACCUUGGAGCCAGAUGGGGAUGACUCCAACGUGGUCUUCCUAAAGAGCCACCUGGGCAGGUACUUGGCAGCGGAUAAAGAUGGUAACGUAAGUGGAGACAGUGAGACUCCGGGACCGGACUGCCGCUUUAUCAUCAUCGCCCACGACGACGGGCGCUGGUCCUUGCAGUCUGAGACCCACAAGCGCUAUUUCGGCGGCACGGAGGACCGCAUCUCCUGCUUUGCGCAGACCAUCUCGGUGGCAGAGAAAUGGAGUGUUCACAUUGCUAUGCAUCCUCAGGUUAACAUCUAUAGCGUGACCAGAAAACGCUACGCCCACCUGAGCUCCAAGCAGGACGAGAUUGCAGUGGACAGAGACAUCCCCUGGGGAGUGGACUCUCUCAUCACCCUGGUGUUCCAGGACCAGCGUUAUAGCGUGCAGACCUCUGAUAAUCGGUUCCUGAGGAACGAUGGCAAACUGGUAGAGAAGCCCGAGAAGGGCACUGGCUAUACUUUGGAAUUCCGAUCUGGCAAAGUAGCUUUCAGGGACUGUGAGGGCAAAUAUUUAGCCCCUUCGGGUCCCAGUGGCACUUUAAAGGCGGGCAAGAGCACCAAAGCUGGCAAGGACGAGCUUUUCGUACUGGAGCAGAGUUAUCCUCAAGCGGUGCUCAAGGCUGGUAAUGACAGGAAUGUGUCUACUCGGCAAGGAAUGGAUUUGUCUGCCAAUCAGGAUGAGGAGAGUGACCAAGAAACAUUCCAGUUGGAGAUAAACAGGGAUACCAAGAAGUGUGCCUUCCGGACUUGCAAUGGGAAGUACUGGACUCUGUCCGCCAAUGGAGGCAUUCAGUCUUCUGCAUCCACUCUGAAUGCCAGCUGUUAUUUUGAUAUAGAGUGGCUUGGCAAAAGAAUCACCCUUAAAGCUGCUAAUGGAAAAUAUGUUACAGCAAAGAAAAAUGGACAGCUGGCUGCUGCAAUUGAAACUCCUGGUGAAACUGAGCAAUUCCUGAUGAAACUGAUCAACAGGCCUAUAAUUGUUCUAAGAGGAGAGCAUGGCUUUAUUGGGUGCAGGAAGGUAACGGGCACUCUGGAUUCUAACCGCUCCUCCUACGAUGUUUUUGGACUGGAAUUCAAUGACGGAGCUUAUAACCUGAAAGAUUCCACAGGCAAGUACUGGAUGGUAGGGAAUGACUCCUCUGUGACGAGCAGCAGCUCCACACCAGUCGAUUUCUUCUUGGAAUUCUGUGAUUACAAUAAAGUAGCAAUUAAAGUCAAUGGAAAAUACCUGAAGGGUGACCACGCUGGCGUGCUGAAAGCCUCUGCUGAUGACAUGGAUAGCUCCACACUCUGGGAAUAUUAAUGCACUUUUUGUCUUUUCCAGCUGUUAAUUUCUUUAGGCAUAAGAAAGAAAAUAAUCUGCCAUUGGGUACAUGCCUGCCAUGGACAGUAGGACUUCUGGCCUGUGAAUGUCUAUACCUCUUAAAGUAAAUAACAAAGCUCAAAGUGUGCCACUGUCAUCUAAAAAGUCAAAUGUUUUUUGUUUGUGGAGUUGAGGACCAUUUUGGGGUCACCUUUGCACAGCUGCCAGUUAAGCCCUGGAAUUUUGUGAAACAAAAUCUGGUUAGACUUUCUGUUUUAAAUUGAGCGCAGAUUCAUCUUGGAGGAUGUAAUUGUUUUUUGAAGUUUUGCCUUGUUGAAAAAAUAGACUGUUACAAAAGUUGUUGUCAGAUGUCAGCAAUGUUUGUCUUUAUGGCUCUAGUCUUCUGACCAGUGCUCACAAUUUUAAAACAAGUUAACCAGAAAUAUAUGAAUGUUCAUACCCAGUCUGUUUCCUUUUAGUGGAGAGUUAGACUGGUGCCAAAUUCUAGCUGUAGUAGUUCCUGCAAAUUAACAGAACAUUAUGCUGGCCUGUUUUAAUGGCACAUAUAUAUUCCCUUAAAAUGUGUAGUAGUGUUAACAUCCUCUAUAAAGGAGCAGUACCUCUUUAGGUUGUACCUAAAUUCCUUUUUGACCAAGAGUCUGUAGCGUCAGAAAUGCUAGUUUGAUUGGUUUCUUAAUGUCUCCAGGUUUGUGUUAAGUGUUAACACUGCAGCUUGUACUGAAUGCAUAGAGGAAAUACCCCACAAUGGUGGAAAUGGUUGGGGGGGUAAUAUAUGUUGCACUUCAUAGUCUAAAUUUUAUUUGAUCAUAUCUGCAAUGUUCUUUUAAGAAGCAGUAUUAAGAACUCGUGUGUUGGAAGCAACUGUAUUGUCAAAAGGCUUAUCUGGCCCAUGUUGCAAAGUCUACACAAAAAUAAGAGGGGGGGGGGGCAUAAAUGCAGUGUUAAGUUGCCUAACUUCAGGGUGCUUUCAUAAAGUCGCCAAAGACAAUACUUGCCAAAUCAUAGUUAACGUAGUAGGCACUGCAUUUCUUGUGCUGUGCCUUUACUUCUGUAGAAGCAGUUAAUAGUUUUUAUUGCUCGACUGUUUGCUCUCUUGUAUUGAACACAUUCAUACAGUAACUCUGUGUAGUUUAUUGCUGCUUCAUGUCAAUGCUGCACAUCUUUUCCUCUUGUUUUGUGAUAACAUUGCAGGGUUAGAAAAGGGUUGUGGUUGACGAUUUGCUCAUCAGAUGGGUGUAUAUUGGUUUUGUUUACUGUAUCUCAUUUCUGUCUGAAGGUAAACUUCUACAUGUAGAAAUUUGGGACCAUAAUGUCAUAAAGACAUGGUUGUAAAGGGUGUUUGGUGUAAAGAUUAAUAAUAUAGACAUCGGGACCAAAUGAAAAAUGUUUUUUCAUGGCAGGGGUGUUUGCAUACAAAUAUGCUGUAAUGGAAUUUUCUAGGCAGUGUAUUGGCAAAGACUGGGUAAUGUGCAUUUAUUAGGGGAACAUGGCCAAAAAAUGACCCCUGUGAGGGUAACCAUUGCAUUGAGCUUGUCUGUUUUAAAAGUACUUAAUGUGAACAAAAGUGUUGGUUCAGACUUGAGUUCAUUCAUUGUGUUUGACAGUUUUUUUUCCUUUUCUGCAAGAAAACUGGUGCAGCAAAUAACCACACUUUAACUGCAGGCUUGUAUACCAGUGUAGUAUGUACAUAUGCAAAUGUGCGUUUGUAUAGUGCUGAGUCGGCAGUUCUGUUACAGAAGUGACCCGUGGAAGAAAAUGAACUGGGAAAUGGGAGUAUUUAACAACCUAGAUGCAAUAUUAUCAGAGACCCUAUACUUUCUGAAUGUUGGGGGACACAGUGAGCCUGUGCGACUCCUCUGUGUUUGCAGUUUGGGAUGUUAACCAUAUUUUGUUGAGAUGUUACCAUUUUUUGAAUUUUUAUACUAGCUGGGCUAGUGGAUAUCCUUAUCCUGUCCUCUUCUGGAGGAUUUGCACAGAUUUUAGAUAUUUCUCGUGGUGGGAUGUGCCUACGUAAGGCAGGCCGUACCCUUUGUGAUUUAAAGGCUCCAUGGCUUGCUAAUUUGGUUCUACUUCACAGAAGUUCUUGGGAGUAAACCUUUCUCUGUAUUCACUUUUUAAUUUUAUUUUUUGAGGGGGGAAUCAGAACAGCCAGUAUUAUGCUCUGGUUGUUGCUCCUGAACUUUUGGCAUGUAUGCAGUGGCUUUGUGUAAAUUGGUACCUGCUAAUUGGUAAAACUGUAGCCAUGAGAUUUUUUGGGGGGUUAUUGACCCUCAGGGUACAUGGCAGCAAUGGCCAUUGUUAAGCUCUGUCCAGGGUCACAGUAGCACACUUGUGGAAGUCUCAUGGGUGGGAUUAGUUGGACUGUAGACAUUGUGAAAUUCUUUCUGUAGAAUUUAAGUGGAGUAACCUCAAAGGGGUACUGUGCCAACCACUUUGUUAGGAACCUGUUAGAAAACUGGAAUCCCUGACUUUUGUGUUCUGCUCCCCCUUUUCCCCACCCCCAAAUAUGUUGCAGGUUCUAGUAUAAUCCUCAUCUGUAAUGCAGGCCAUGAUUAAGUGCGACAGUGAAGCAAACUGGAUUUUUGAGACUCUUCAUACCCUAUGUACUCUGUCCCCCAACCCAGAUACUGUUGUCUUGGUAGUAUGUGGGUUUAUUUUUGGCGUAUGAGAACUGUAAGCCCCAAAUGUCUGCUGUUGCACUGUUAGCGAAGCUUCUGCCCCCUGUUUGGCAUUAAUGAUCAGACUGUUGCUUUUUUCUUCAUUUUUUGAGCAAAACUUUUUUUUGUAUGUGCCAUUUGUAUAACUUAAAACUUGUCAGAGAAAAAAAAAAUAAACAGAUGUUUGCAUAUGAAAA